AUGGAUAAGUUUAAGAUACCAGGGUUUAGCAGAAAUGUGGGCCAUAGCAAUACUGCACCAGAUAUGAGCAAUGUGGAUCAAAGACCACGCCACUUACUAGUUGCCAAUUGUCCUAAUAACAAUCUAGCAUUGGCCAACGUUGCAAGUGUCUCUCCGAAUGAUUUUCCUGAUAAUAUAUAUGUUAUCAUAGACAACCUGUUUGUCUAUACAACUAAGCAUUCUAAUGAUGUUGCUCCAGGAACUGUUGGUUUAAAUGGUAACCAACGUAGUUGGGGUGGUUGGUCCUUGAAUCAAGAAGUGCAAGCAAGAGCUUUUGAUUUAUUCAAGUAUUCCGGUAAGAGAGCCUAUUUAGGAACCUUGGAUAUUGAAAUAUCUUUCAGAUCUAGAGGUAAAGCUGUCACUACACCAUUUGAUCAAGACGAAUUAGCUGCUCAAUUUGCUAAAAAUUUCGAAUCGCAGAUUUUUUCUGCCACUCAAUAUCUGGUUAUGGAAUUUAAAGGUCAUUUUUUUGAUUUAAGAAUUAGAAACUUACAAGCUAUUGAUUUAGGUGAUAUUGAAAUGAGUAACGAAGUUCAAGCAAGAAUUGAAGCUAAAGGUAUAUUAACUAAGCAGACUCAAAUUAACUUUUUCAAAGGUAGAGAUGGUCUAGUUAAUUUAACAUCCAGUAAUUCUAUGAGACCUAGAUCUGACGCGGUUAUUAGAUCAGAUUUUAAAUUUGAAGAUUUGGGUGUUGGUGGUUUAGAUAAGGAAUUUACUAAGAUCUUUAGAAGAGCAUUUGCUAGUAGAAUUUUCCCUCCAGCUGUAAUUGAAAAAUUAGGUAUCACCCAUGUGAAGGGUCUGUUGUUGUACGGUCCUCCAGGUACAGGUAAGACAUUGAUUGCCAGAAAAAUUGGUAAGAUGUUAAAUGCCAAGGAGCCAAAGAUUGUUAACGGUCCUGAAAUUUUAAGUAAAUAUGUCGGUUCUUCAGAAGAAAAUAUUCGUAAUCUUUUCAAAGAUGCCGAAGCAGAAUAUAAGGCUAAAGGUGAUGAUUCAUCAUUACAUAUUAUCAUUUUUGAUGAAUUGGAUUCUGUAUUCAAACAAAGAGGUUCUAGAGGUGAUGGUACUGGGGUUGGUGACAACGUUGUUAACCAAUUAUUAGCUAAGAUGGACGGUGUUGAUCAAUUGAAUAAUAUUUUGGUCAUUGGUAUGACUAACCGUAAGGAUUUGAUUGAUAUCGCUCUACUACGUCCAGGUAGAUUCGAAGUCCAAGUCGAAAUUCAUCUUCCAGAUGAGCCAGGUAGAUUACAAAUUUUCGAAAUUCAAACCAAGAAAAUGAGAGAGAACAAGAUGAUGGAUACCGAUGUUGAUCUAGCAGAGCUAGCUAAAUUGACAAAGAAUUUCUCUGGUGCAGAAAUUGAAGGUCUAGUUAAGAGUGCAAGUUCUUUUGCUAUAAAUAAGACUGUUAAUAUUGGUAAAGGUGCUACAAAGUUAAAUCCAAAGGAUAUUGCUAAAUUAAAGGUCACUAGAGAUGAUUUUAUGAAUGCCCUAAGUGAAGUUACACCUGCCUUUGGUAUCAAUGAGGAAGACUUGAAAAUGUGUAUGGAAGGUGGAAUUAUUAGAUAUUCUGAUAGAGUAAAUUCUAUAAUUAAGAAUGGUGAGCGUUAUGUUCGUCAAGUUCGUGAAAGUGAAAAGUCUAGAUUGGUAUCCUUGUUGCUUCAUGGUCCACCAGGUUCAGGUAAGACAGCAUUGUCUGCAUCCAUUGCAUUAAAGUCCGAAUUCCCCUUUAUUAGAAUGAUUUCACCUGGUGAGCUUUCAGGUAUGUCAGAAAAUGCAAAGAUUGCAUACAUUGAUAGUACUUUUAGAGAUGCAUACAAAUCUCCGUUAAAUAUCCUAGUGAUUGAUUCUAUUGAGACUUUGGUCGAUUGGGUUCCUAUCGGUCCGAGAUUUUCUAACAAUAUUCUACAAGUUCUAAAGGUAGCAUUGAUGACAAAACCACCUGAGGGACGCCGUUUGUUAAUCAUGACAACUACAUCUACAUAUAGUGUGCUGAAACAGAUGGAUAUAUUGAGUUGUUUUGACAAUGAAAUUGCCAUUCCAAACUUAACAAACUUGGACGAAUUCAACAAUGUUAUGAUGGACACAAAAUUCCUAGAGGAUGAAGAGAGAGUUAAAGUUGUUCACGAAUUAAGCAGAGUAACUCCUAACUUCAACAUUGGGAUCAAAAAGGCAUUAACUAAUAUUGAAACAGCUAGACAUGAUGAUGACCCUGUUAAUGAGAUUAUAGAGUUGAUGACACAAGCCUGA